UGGAUUUUUAAAAAAGCGACUGGCACUCUCGCCGGAUCGGUGGUUAGGGAGUAUUAUGCAGAAAGGUGGGGAAUAGUGGAAAGUCUUGGUCAACAUCGGCCGAGUCGGCGACUCAGUCUGCAGUCAUCGUCAAACAUCAGUGUUGUCGCUAUGGCGUGCCUAGGGUCUGUUCCUAGGGUCUGUGCUCGUGCCCAAUUUCGCAGGAAAGUUUCUACAGCAUGUGUUAAACCACCAUGUGUCACCGUCGAGCGACCCUCCAACACACUUCUUCAGCACUGUCAGAAGGAAACAUGUUCACGCAAUCGCAGAAUGGGAGUGGCAAGAGCGAUGAGUUCCAUACAAACGCAACAACCGGGAUCUUUGCCCGAUUAUCAAGUUGAUCCUUACCGGCUUCUCGAUGACGACCUCAAGUACUUGUACAACGACAUACGCGAUGAACUUAAAGAGAACACGACAUUGGAAGAGCUGAGGACCAUAGCGUCGUACUACUUUGGCGGUCAGGGAAAAGCUUUGCGGCCGAUGGUAGCGAUCCUCAUGGCACGGGCCAUCAAUUACCAUAAGGAAAGAAAUGAUAUCUUGACAUCGCAGCGACAGGUGGCAAUGAUAGCUGAGAUGAUCCACAGCGCAUCCCUCAUUCAUGACGACGUGAUCGAUCAAUCGGACUUUCGCCGCGGAAAGCCUUCCGUCAACGCCCUCUGGAGUCAAAAGAAGGUGACAAUGGCUGGUGAUUUUAUCCUUGCUGUGGCGUCCAUGAUGAUUGCAAGAUUGCGAAACGAUGAAGUUACCCUCACCCUCAGUCAGGUAGUGACAGACUUAGUGCAGGGCGAAUUUAUGCAGCUAGGCUCAAAAGAAACUGAAAACGAAAGAUUUGCACACUACCUCACCAAGACGUAUCGAAAGACUGCGAGUUUAAUUGCUAACUCAGCAAAAGCGGUUGCGAUGCUAGGAGGUGCAGAUGAUCAUCUUGCCGAAGUGGCAUUUCAAUAUGGUAGGAAUGUUGGACUGGCCUUCCAGUUAGUAGACGAUCUUUUGGAUUUCGUCUCUUCAUCUGAUGCUAUGGGAAAACCAACAGCUGCGGAUCUUAAACUCGGACUGGCCACUGCUCCAGUUCUUUUUGCUUGUGAACGAUAUCCAGAGCUGAAUCCAAUGAUAAUGCGCCGAUUUCAGGAACCUGGUGACGUGGAGAAGGCUUUUGAACUCGUGCACAAAUCUCAGGGCCUCGAGCAGACUAGAUUUUUGGCUAGAAAACACUGCGUCGAAGCUAUACGCCUUGCGAAUUCGUUAGCUGAGAGCCCGUACCAAAAGGGUCUUUUGGUUGUCAGUGACUUAGUAUUAAAUCGCAUGAAGUAGUACUUUCAAGUCAGAAGGUGCAAUCAAAACGCGAACCGGAAGAUUUUCGAUUGCCUCGAGUCGACGGGAUAAAGUGAAGCAAAAACUGGACUUGAAGGAAAGAAAUGGAAAACUCGGAUGCAGAAAAUUGAACUGCAAAGUGUUGGAAAGGCGAAACGCUUUUUUGAAGAGCAUAUGAAAUGUGUUUGCGAAUGUGUAAAUGGGAGAGAAUGAUAAAGACGAGUGUUGGCACGAAUGCAAUUUAUUACAACAACAAUGUGUCUCAAAAUGUAGCGCAUUUCGCUUACAACGGGAACCUAUACCCUUCGGAAUUUUUUUUAUUCCUCCUCCUCCUCCUCCUCCUCCUCCUCCUCUUCCAUCUCCUCCAAAUUUGACUAGAGGAAGAUGAAUUGAACAAAAAAUCCGAAGGAUGUUGCUUCCCCUUGUCAGUUGUGUGUAUCUGGGCUCUAAUUCUUUUUUCUUUCUACUAUUUUUUAUUUAAAAAAAAGCGCAUCGUGUUAUUUUCAACGAAAGGAAAGAAAAAAAGUAUCAAUCGACGCCUUUGUUCAAACGAGGAGUCAAUACACGAAUUUGAAAAGAAAAAAAAA